ACGACGAGUCUUCCUUUUCCCCAUCUCUCCUACAAAUUUACCAAACCCUUCUCUUUCCAAUUGAUUUAUGUUUUUUUGACCAAAAAGUUUCUGAAAUUGCGAUGGUAAGGGGAUUUGCCAUGGAGUCACAGGAUAAGAGAAUGUGCAAGUCUGAAUCUGCCUUUUCUGGUGUGACCAUUGAUUAUAAUCAUCGUGUGUACGAUGAGGAUUGUUUUGGUGAUAUACUCAAUAUGUUUGAUUUCCCAAUGGAGAGUGUGGAAGGGGAUGGAUUUGCUGAAGAUUGGGCCUCUAAACUUGGUCCUAUACCUUCUGAGGUCUUCAAAGAGCUUGUGCCGCCGGUGUCCCAAAUUGGUGUUGGCAAUAGCUAUGGCUCCUCCACGGAUUUUCCCUUCGAGUAUCCUGCACUUAAUAGCAGGAAUUUACAACCAAAAUAUCAGCUAAAUCUUGAUGAAGAACCCUCCAAGGACUGUCAAAUUGGCAGGAUUUCUCAACUAAAACAGCAGCCAACUUUUGUUGAAAAGAAAGGGGUCUAUCCUUCAGCAGCAGCCUUCGAAGCACCUAGCCCGAAUUCAGUCCUUGAAAGUCGCAGCUCGAGCUCAAAUAGUAAAGGCAUCUCCUUUGGAAUCGAAAUCUCCAUUCCGGUAAGAACUCGAAGCAAGCGUUUGCGACCAACCACCAAUCCAUGGCUGGUGUCCCCUCACCUAAUUCUUCCAAACAAAGAUAAAAAGAGAAAGAAACCAUCAGUUAACAUAGACCCAAAGAGAUCUGUUGAAAGAUCGAAUGUCGUGGGGAUCAAGAAAUGUGCCCACUGUGAAAUCACGAAAACCCCACAAUGGAGGGAGGGACCAAUGGGACCUAAAACACUUUGCAAUGCAUGUGGGGUCCGGUACCGCUCCGGGCGUCUCUACCCUGAGUACCGCCCGGCCGCCAGCCCGACCUUUGUUCCAAGUCUACACUCAAACUCUCACAGGAAGGUGGUUGAGAUGAGGCAAAAGGCUGUUAAGUAAGCAGCCGGUAAGAGGGUUUUUCUUGUUUGUUUGAAAAUUUUGAGUCAUAAGAAUGAGAUGAUGAUAUAUUGUUGUGUACAAAGAUGAAAGGGAAGAAGAACCCAUUUGGGGGUUAAUUAGGGUUUAGGGUUUAAAUCUAGCAGUUUGCAGAUGAAAUAGGUUGCAAUUUUGAGUUGGGUAGUAGGAGUAGUUAAUAUGAGAGAUGUAAAGUAUUGCCUUAAAUCAUUUGUAUCAGACUUUUCUUCUUGUUUUCUUUCCCUACUACACCUU